UGCACGCGCACCCAGUAAUAACGUAUUCAUGCGCUAAGUGCUUGGGUAGCGGGCUGUACGUGGACGAACUUCGUUAUAAAACCUUGCGCAGCUCAGAUCAAAUGGUCCGCAUACCCUUGGGUGGCUCACAUUUCUUCCCUUUCAUAUCUCGCGAUACCUCAUGGACGUCCGUGAAAAUGGUCUGGGUCGUGUCAUAGGUUGUGAACUCCGGUGUAUACCGCCCAGAUUUCUCGAAUCAUGUUGGGGACUGAAAUGGUGCCCCAAAUUUCAUGCUCGAGGACCAAGCGAAUUCGACAUCGGGGUUUUAACACCAGAUGGAAAUUACAACUCCCUAAAGAUUGGUGCCAGGCCCCUGGCUAUGGAGCGUGGACCUCAGGGUAGCAUUGCGAACUUGGAACCGUCUCUACGACUGCCCAGCACCAUCCAUGAUGCUGAUGGUCAGCUAGGAUUUAGGAGACGCGAACCGCCCUCUUCACCAUCCUGGCGCUUCAGCGUGCCCGCGUCUCCAGUCUGUACCGUGCACGAGAGAACACAGGAUCAAACUGAUUUUACGUGUCCUCAUGCCAUUCCCGCCGAUCCUUCAGUGCCUCUGAUUGCGCCUGGAAGGACGGAGGGAACGCUGCCCAUACCCAUCCCUGGAUCAGGAACCAUGCAGCCCCUCUCAGAGCCCUAUACGUCAGAGCUCUCGUAUGCUCUGCUUCCGGGACAUUCGUCGCAUUCAUCGCAGAGCUGUGGUGCCCAAAAUGUUGGGACACCCCUACAAUUACAUUAUUUAAGUUCCCGAAUUAUGCCUGCUGUAUCGCAGGAUUCAGCUGCCCUGCUGUAUGGCGUAGCGCCGGAGAAUGACGGCUCUUUAGAGCGCUUGGUCUCAGAUCCAGGAGACGCGCAGGCACACUAUCUUUCCCCGGACAGCAUCAGUGCCCAUUCCAUACCACAGGUUCAUGUCACGACUCCUGCCAUGCAAACCGCACAGGCGACUUUGCUGGAUUCAUGGAACAACCUCGAUUUCUCUCCUGCGUCGGCGACCCCGAUGACAUGUUCAACGUCGUUCAGCGCUGACUCCAGUUUUAUUGGAGAGUUCGAACAGCAUCAUGGUAUGGGGGUUGCAACUCCAAUGUCGGAAUUAACGAGAAUGGGCUUGGAAAAUUCCUCACGAUCCAAUGAGCAGUUGGAGGCAGGAAUGCCGGACGAGUACUGGCAGCUGCAUCACAUUCUCUCUUGUUCCUCGCCGAUGCAUCAGUCGAGAGGGUUAUCUCCUAUUGAUAUGAGUGUAGAUCAGCUGCCAGGCACCGGUGAAGGAGAGGACACUACAUACAAUCUUUCCGACACCUUUCUCUUCUCCAGUGCCUUUCAUGGUGCCUUCGCUUGCUGACAGCUGCUCAGAUAGGCUGUUGUCUGAUACAUUCAUAUUUCUGUUUCCGCUAUUCCCA